AAAUAUUCGGAAAGUUAUCAACCUUAGCCAAAACCGAGUAAAGUUUUUGCUUAACGUAACUCUUGCAACAUCAUGUCCAGUUGAUUUGCUUACGAAGAGAUUUGCCGUAACUAGAUUGUACUUUGGAAAUUGCGUCGCUUGGCAUGGUACUGAGACUCUAGAUCUUGCUACAAAACGAUCAGGAAACUAUUGGUGUAUAGACGUCAGGUGCUCCAUCUGCUACUACUGAAAAAAUUAUUUCGAGCGCUGGACCACGUCAGAGGAAAAUUCGUUUGAAACUCAACAUUUGUAUGAUUAGAUGUGGUCUUCAACAGGUAGAAGUGCCAUCCAAAGUCAACAUCUCUCUUUGCUCAGGAUUGUCUUGGCAUCGCGUGCAAGCUUUGCGUGGCAAUAAUCUACGACGUCUCAACGGAGCAAGGUGAAGAGUAACUAAACCAGUGGCGCUGGAAGGGAAGGUUAUAUGGGAAUGUAACGGUCGCUGUACAGCUACAUCGUUUUUACAUUGAGAUUCUGUUCGGUUUACAAACAUUGUACAUUUACAUUUUAGAAAUGUCCAAGACUGUACGAUUUGCGGUAGUUACGAGCAGGGAGUACGCAGAAGCUGUGGCCACUGACGUCCUCCAGAAACGACAGGAGAGAAAGCUCAAAAGUGAUAAAUCCAGUAAAGGAAAGAAGAAGCGAGGAAGUAGAAGACCAAAUCCUGCGCGAGGAAAAUCUGCAAAUAAAUUAAGAGUUGCUGGAGUCAACAGGGGAUUACUUUCAGAAUUUAUUAUCUUUAUGCUCCUGCAGGGAUUCAACUUAUUCAGUAACUCGUGGGUUUUAAAUGAAUCUCUUAGCGUUCUUAAUGAGGUCGAAAAGUACGAAAAAUAUCCCAACGUUUCCGCAAUGAACAAUACAGUUCCAGACCUCUGUGUUAGCGUGCAAUGGGCAAGAGAGAAGAUCAGCAACGAGAUAAAUCAUUUCUCAUCUGUGAUAUACGUAUAUUGUUUCUUCCUUGCCGUGUCUGCUUGUAUCUUCACUUUGCAUUUGCUAGCUUGGUUGUACACGCUCCAACUAUCUUUUAAUAGUCGGCGAUUUAACGCCAACACCCAAGAGACUUUGGUAAAGAUGAAGGUGUACUUUCUCAUCGCUGCCAGCCUGCUGCAAGACAUACCAAUGUCUACAAUUUCAGCAGAGCUGUAUUCUCUUCAACAAGGCCAGCAAGGCUUGGUUUGCUGGUUCUGUAAGGUUUCAGGCCUUUGUCCUGACGUGAAGCAGCUUGAAAGUAGGUUAAGCCGGGGCACGGCAGCCAUCUGGUUAACUUUUGCUGCGAUUGCGCUCACUUCUCUUUGGAAGGGCAUCUCAAGCUUUUACAGGUGGAGCCGAAUCGAUACAUGCGAAGCAUUCUAUUUGCGGGCAUGUACAGCUGUAUUUUCGGGAUUUCUGUACUGCAUCGUUAUACUCACGCCCGCAAUGACAGUGCUAAAAUAUCGCUACUUUGUCGAAAUAGACGGUGGGUUGCUUGAGGACCUUAUAGAUCGGGUCUACAUCAUCGGUGCCAUAUUUUGGGUUUUGGUUGUUGCUGUUAUUGUCUGUUGCCCUCUGCUGAAUCUUAUUAGAGUAACACAGUAACCAUUCUAUUCAAACCAUGUUUUUUUUUUUGGUGUAAGGGAAGCAAUGUUAAAGGAUCUUGCAAAUUUACGCUACAGAAUACACCUUUCAAUAGAUUUCUGACACUGAUAUUUUCUAAAAAUGCUCCCUUUGAAUCUGAAGUACAUAGCUUUUGAGAUAGCAAACAGAUUUUCGCGUCAAAUCGUUUCUUCAGUGAUAAAGUCAGAUACAUUUCGAAUGUUAGUAAUAUAUAUAUAGCGGUUGUAUUUCAAGAUGUAUGGGUAAAAUAAAAAUAGAUCUCUGUGGGGAUAAAAAAAACACAAUAUUUACAACGUAGUCAAGAAUCUUUCUUCUACACAUGACAAUUAAAUAAACAUUGAUUCUUAGGAAAACUUUACAAAGAAAAUUUCGUUGGGAUCUGCGAGUGUUACUGGUGCACAUCAA